AUGGAUAUCACCGUUGGAAAGUCCUGGUACAAUGUGUCCAAGGAUUCCACUUCUUCCUUCGAAAUUGGAAAAGAAAAGGGAAGAAGAGUGCUGGGUACUCGGUCAAAUAUUCCUGUAACCCAUGGUAUGUCUCCCUUCUUUACAGACGCUAUCUUUGAUAAAUGUAUCUAACUCCGAUUAAGAUGCUUUUGGUGUUGAGGCAUACAAUCCUAGACCUUCUAGGCUAGGAAAAAUUCAUGUCCAACGUCUUGAAGGCCUUGUAAGUAAAGUAGAGCAUGACGAGGACAAAAAAGGCCAGGAUAAAGAGGACCAGAAUGAAAAAAAUGAUGGGAUCGAACAAGUUCAUUCCAAGAUCACCAAAGAUGGCCAUAACUGGGGUCGUCAAUUCCCAAUGGAAGUGACAAUCGAUGAAUCAAUGAAGACACAAUGUACUCCAAAGCGCUCUCGAUGGAUGGAUAUGUUCGAGUCUCGUCAUCGAACGGCAACCCAGCCCAAUGUCACUACCCCAACCCAAAAGAACCCGCCAGCCCGCUUCUUCGAAAAUGCGGCGCAAAAGUUGUCACCGUUGAAGACAUUUUCUAGUCCCACGGCGGGUACUAACAGUGCUUCGAGUUCAAAGUCCCCACCGAGGAAGAAGACACCCAGUUCCGAUGACUCCAAGUUGUUUCGAGCAUUUUUGAGUCGUGGUGAUGAAGCGGUUCCUUUGUUCAUAUCUCCUACCGGCACACAUCAACAAUUUUUCCAGUCUAGCUUGAAUCUUCCACGUCCACACCGUUCACAUCCAAACAUUAGGUUAUCCAUGGGGGACACCGCAAAUCUUCAUCGUACUUUCACGAACCCUAUGAUUUCUGGCACUCACCAUUCACAGCACCCCAGCAAGACCUCUUCAAUUGCUGGAAGACCCAUGAGUACUUCUCGAACCUCAAGAUCGGUGAUUGGAAGAACAAGUAGCAGUCACUCAUCAAACAUGUCCGAUGGCAUGCGAACCUCUAUGGACAGAAGUUUCGAUUCCUGCUCCCAGCUAACUGAUCACACUCGAAUGACUUCUAUUAGCGGUAGCUUUAGCUUUCAACCAGUCAUUCCAGAGGAUCAGCAGAUUAUUCUUGGUAGCACCAUGAGCCCACUUCAUUCGUCAAAGAGUUUUGACCAGGCAUGCCCCGAAAAGCUUCCGCAGCACAAGACCUUCUUGAACCAAGGUAUUGCUUUUGCACCGACUACUUCAUUUGCUCCAGUUCCUGCACCAGUAAUCAUGAGCAACAUGGUCACUUCUGUUCCAGAUCUUUCGCACUUGGUGAAGAAGUUCCGUCCAACCAACAUGCUUCUUCGAGAACAAGGCAUGAUCCCGGAUAACUCUCGUCAUGACACAAACUACGAGGGAGAUGAAAACCAUCCUGACUUGCUAGAUCUUCCUGACAGCAUCAAUUGUUGCAUGUGGAUCAUCAAUAUUCCAAGAGAAGUCCAGCAUGGUGAGUUCAUGCGCCUUCUUAACUGUGGCGCCGUCGCUGCACUCUCAAUGGUCCCACCUCAGAAUGGACACCUCACGCAAGCUGCAAAGGCCACAUUCAAGAAGGUCUCUGGUGGUGCUGAGCUAUAUCGUCGUGCUCGUCACAGAGGAGGUCUUCGUAUUCGUAGCCAUAAAAUCAAAGUCUGGUACAAUGACUACGGUGCGUACGAAUGGAAGGGCCCGGAGACACGUUUCCUGGAGAUUGAGGCACCGGCAGUCCUUGAUGAGAACUUUUGGCAAGGUUACUUUAACACCUGGUGCAAAUACACCAUUAUCUCUGUCACUCCACUUCCUUGCAUGAAGUAUGGCUUUGCUUCUACUAGGUUUGAAUUUGUGCGAAUCGCGGGUCAAGCACAGACUUGCUUUCAAGCAAUCCAAAAAGACGAGGCGUUUUUGGGACAGGUAAAGGUUCAAUAUGGAAUUGACCCUGAUGAUCUUAUUUAG